AAGUGUAAUGGAGUUUGGAGGAAACCUUGUGUACGUUGGUCGGACAGACGAGGAAGAGGACAUACCUGAGGAAGAUGAUCUUGAGGAGAAGGAAGAAGAAGCUGAUCCUCAAAAUGGAGAUGAAGAGACAUGUUGCUUGGAUAUUCUGGACACAGCAGGCCAAGAAGAGUACUCCUCUACAAGAGAGAUGUACAUGACAUCAGGGGACGGCUUUAUGAUUAUCUACAGCAUUACAAGCAGAUCAUCCUUCAAUGAAGCUUCAGCCAUUUAUCGUCUUGUUCAGAAAAUUAAAGGCAUGGAAAAUUCACCUGCGAUUCUUUGUGGGAAUAAAAGUGACCUUGAACAUCAGAGGGAGGUAUCAUUUGAAGAGGGGAAGAAAUUGGCAGAUACUUUGGGUAUUCCUUUUACAGAAACAUCUGCAAAAACAGGAAGCCUUGUCCAGGAGGCAUUUGAGAAUCUGGUUUUAGAAAUUCCGGAACACAAAGCUACACACAAAAUUGUCAUGCUCGGGGCUGGUGCUGUAGGAAAAUCUUCACUGACACUUAGAUUUGUAGCAGACCAAUUUGUUGAGGACUAUGAUCCAACCAUAGAAGACUCUUAUCGUAAAAUGGUCAAAGUGAAGGGAAAACGAAGAAAAGCUGAGGAAGAAGAACAAGGAAGACCCAGAAAACAAGUGUCCAGGGUACGAAGUUUCAUCUCCUCCAUUAGUGGAAUCUUUUCCCGUAGAUUGUCCCGACCAAGGUCAGCCACAGCAGAAGACUUACCCGUACAGCAGAGGAGAGGUGACACAAGGAGAGGGCCCCCAAGUCGACGGAAGUCAGCCCCACCCAUACGAUCACCUACCAAGUCCAAGAAAACCAUAAAAUGUCAGAAAGCAGACACUAAUGUCAUCCUGGUGUCCAUGAAGGAUCUUGAUCAGAUGGACAAUGUUGCUACGGGUGACCCGGUGUAUUGCGAUGGAUGUCAGGUUGUGUUGUCUUGUAUCUCUGAGACACAACAAGAUGGAGACAAACUGUUGUGGAAUUGUGAAUUCUGUGGACAUAAAAAUGUCUCCACAGAGGUCAGAAAAGAAGAAAUUCCUAAAUCAGACACCAUAGAUUAUGCCCUUUCUGCACCAGAAGAGCAAGCUGCUACAGAAAAAGAAACUGACAAGACAGAGGCUACAAAACCAGCAACAACAGGAAGUGGAUACGUGGUGUACUGUCUGGAUAUCAGUGGAUCUAUGGGGGGAGUCACACAGCUUCCCGAAUUACAAGCUGAAUGGAAGAGACAGAGAGACGGGGAGAAUGCUUCUGGCAGUAACAGUGUUACUCGACUUCAGGCCAUACAAGAGGCACUCCUAAGGCAGCUAGAGCGACUGCACCUGGACAAUCCAGAGCGGCGAGUGAUCUUCUUGACAUUUGAGUCAAAGGUGGAGGUCUAUGGAGAUUGUUCAGACAACACAAUACAAACUGUGCCUUCCACCAUCCAUAAUGAGUUUGAGCCAUUACUGAACUACGGAGAAAAGUAUUCCACAGAACAUCAGAUCAAGCCUUUAACAGAAUCCUACCAGAAAAUAGUGACUGAAGUAAAUAAGCUAAGACCGAAGGGUUGUACCAGUCUCGGCCCUGCCCUUUCUGCUGCCUUGGGGAUUGUCAAUGGUUCUGUGGGAUCUGAGAUUAUUUUAUGUACUGAUGGGGCACCAAAUGGAGGCAUAGGCAAUUUGAACAGGGAUCCAAAUUUCUAUGUGGAGGCUGGGCAAUAUGCCAAAAAGAAGAACAUAACUAUUUCCAUUCUUGCUGUGGAAGGGGAGAGAACUGGGUUGGAGAAAGUUAGCAAAUGUGCAGAUAUUUCUGGAGGCACUGUAAAUGUGCUUAAUCCCCUGGAAAUUUCUCGGCAGCUUCGACUCAUCUCGCAAAAUUAUGUCAUCGCUACAUAUGUAACGGUCACUCUUUUUCUCCAUCCAGAGCUGGAAGUUGAUGACCCUAGGUUCCCUAAGGGCAGUAGCAAGAUAAUUAAGGAGGUGGGCAGUGCUACAAAAGAUACUGAUAUGACAUUCUCAUUUAAGUUGAAAAAUCCUGGGAAAAAAUUGGACAUUGAAAAAAUACCAUUCCAAGUACAGAUUUCUUACACACUAAAGGAUGGCAGAAACAUGUUGAGAACCAUUAGUAAAGCACUAUCUACCACAGACAACAGACAGACCAUGGAGGAAGCAAUGAAUGUAAAUGUGGUUGGCACUGCUGUAGUCCAGAAGACUGCUUACUUGGCCAGUAAAGGAGAUAUUGAAGAUGCUCGCUCAAAAUUAUUGUCUUCAAGAAGCAUGAUUUCCAAAGGAUCCAAAAAUUUACAACAGCGGGAAGACAAAGUAGCAUUUAUUGAGGAGAGCAGAUCGUUAUCACAAGUAGUUAAUAAGCUUCAUAAGGAAAGACAGGCAAGUUCUUUGUCAGCUUGUGGUUUCUCAGACCUGGACACAGCUGUUCUGCAGACCAAUGUCAUGAAGUCUGCCUGCAAAUUAUCUGGGGCAUCCAAUAAAAUGCAGCACGUCAAGAGACGUGUGGAGAAAAAUAAGGCACUCUCAGAAGCAUACUAUGGAUAUCAACAAACAUGAACCAUUUCAUUAAAUUUUUUGGUGAAA